AUGGAAAUGAUAACUAGUAAUAGAGGUUGUCCAAAGCUUUGCUAUGAAGGACAUUCUUACACCAAGAACGGAACCAACAAGACCACUCUUCGCUGGGAGUGUAGCCAGCGCCGAACACGUUCAUGCAAGGGAGCAGUUGUCACUGAUCUGCAGGUUGAGAAUGUGCUCCGUGUGACCAACCACAGCCAUGAUGCCGAUGUUGCCAGUGUGCAAGCUAACAAGCUUAAGGAGAACCUCAAGGCUAAGGCAGCCACCACCAGGGGAACUCCUGGCCAGCUUAUCUCAGACACCACACUUUUCACAACUGUUGAUGUUCGCGCAGCACUAGGGAACACUGAUGCUCUCAAACGUACUCUACGUCGCCAGAAGGCAAAACAUCAUCCCAAGAACCCUUCUUCCACUGCUAACCUGACCAUAGACGACGACUGCACUACAACUGGGGGAGAUAAUCCCAGGCCGUUUCUAUUCUAUGACAAUGGCGCCGACAGCAGGAGUCGCAUGCUCGUGUUUGGUUCAGACACAGCUCUACAACACCUUGCCAAAGCAGACAUCUGGAUGAUGGAUGGAACAUUCGACGUGGCUCCUCAUAUCUUUGCGCAGUUAUAUGUGAUACGUGCUCCACUCGACGACGGAUCAGUGAGUUGUGUAUAUGCCUUACUCAGUGAUAAGUCUGAGGCCACAUACCAGGAACUACUCACCACAGUGAUUGAUCAUUGUGAGGAGCUUGGGCAUCAACCUGAUCCGACCUCCAUCAUCACAGACUUCGAGAAGGCAGCCAUCAAUGCAGUGAGCAUAACACUUGGUGACCAUGUACACACACAGGGAUGCUUCUACCAUUUGACGCAAGCUACCUGGCGGAAGAUCCAAAACCUGGGUCUGACUACGCUGUUUAGAUCCAACAAGGACGUGCGACAUUUUGUUGGCAUGUUGGAUGGGCUGGCAUUCCUUCCACUCGACGAUGUUCCUGAAGGCAUGUUGUAUCUCCGUGAUAACAUACCCGCGGGGGUGGAGCCUCUUGUGGAUUACUUUGACCAGACCUAUGUAACAGGAUCAUUCCGUCGCAUCCAGCAGCCCCCCAGCAAUGAUGGCAUUGUUUAGGCCCCUUCGCAUGCGUCGCAUCCCUCCAAUGUACAGACCUACCCUGU